AUGACAUCUCGUCGGCGCCCGGCGCUGCACAAACAGCAGCAGCAGACGAACUCCAGAGACAAGGGAGUCGCCAUGUCGGCCCCGUCGCCCCGCGUCAUCAAUGCUGGCCCGUCGCUCGAGAAGGCCGAAAUGUACGGAAUCGACGACAACCGGCCCGUCUUCAGCCGCGCCAUGGCCCUCGCCGGCCGCAUGUUCAUCGAGACCAUCCCGCAAUGGCUGGCCGUCGGUGCCAUGCUGGCCCUCAUCUUUGGCGGCUGCUGCUCAAAUGUGUUUGCGCUCGAGUCUAUCAUCAAGGUCGAGCCUGCUAGCGGGACUCUCCUGACCUUCGUCCAAUUCCUCUUUGUCGCCGCCAUUGGGCUGCCGUCGCAAUUCGACUCGAAGCGCCCGCCCUUCUUCCUCAAGCCGAACAGGGUCCCGAUCCGCCGUUGGCUCGUCAACAUUGUGCUGUUUUUCAGCAUCAACGUCCUCAACAACCACGCAUUCAGCUAUGACAUUUCGGUGCCCGUGCACAUCAUCCUGCGCUCGGGCGGCAGCAUCACCACCAUGCUCGCCGGCCGCCUGUAUGGCAAGAAAUACUCGCGGAUCCAGGUCGUCGCAGUGUUGCUACUCACCGUGGGUGUAAUUACUGCCGCCUGGUCCGAUGCACAGACAAAGGGGUCCUCCUCAGCAGACAAAUCAGUCGGAAGCGCGAGCUUUGGAACAGGCCUUGCCAUCCUCUUCAUCGCCCAAGUCCUCUCGGCAAUCAUGGGGCUCUACACCGAAGAAACGUACCGCAUAUACGGCCCGCAGUGGAAGGAGAACCUCUUCUACUCUCACCUCCUUUCACUACCGCUGUUCCUGCCCUUCCUGCCGUCCCUGACAAGGCAGUUCCUGAAGCUGGCUAACAGCGCCCCGCUCUCGCUCCCUUCGCUCCCCGUUCCCGCGGCCGUCGACGACUACCCAAACCUGUCGCCCACCCUCCAGCGUGGAUUGGAGAAAAUCCGCAUCCCGAGCCAGCUGUUCUACCUGGCGCUCAACGUGCUGACGCAGUACGCCUGCAUCCGGGGCGUCAACCUCCUGGCCGCGGCGUCUUCGGCCCUGACGGUGACCAUCGUCCUCAACAUACGCAAGCUGGUCAGUCUGCUGCUGAGCAUAUGGCUGUUUGGGAAUCGGCUUGCAUUUGGCACUCUGAUAGGCGCCGUCAUUGUCUUUUUCGCCGGGGGUCUGUAUUCUCUGGACGGGAAACGGAAGCCGCCGGUGAGAAGAGGGACUGGGGCAAAGUCUUGA